GAUUUGUAGUACCGAUUAAUAAUUUUGCGACAUCAUUUUAAAAUUAAUUCGCUGUUAAGUAUUUUGAUCGCGAGUUUGUCAUGUGAAAUCGUAAAUCACCCUUAGAUUUAGUAAAUAACGGUAUGUGUAGCAAUAAAAUCCAAGUCAUUAGUGUUUAAUUGGAAAUUUAUUGCUAUGUAUCUGUAAUAACCUAAAAUUUACACCAUUUACGUGAUUUACUUACAACUAGAAAAGGAAGUAUUGUAAUGGAGAUAUUACAAUCAUUUAUUUCCUUUUUUUAGUACAGUGAAAAAAUGUUCGAAUGACGUUAAUCUUCUGUAUGUGUUGACGUUAUGAAAAAAGAGAUAUUUGACAAAGUUGUAUAUAUUUUAUCCCUAUGGCUAAAGGAAAACUAAGGGGUUCAGAUUCAAACAAUAAGUUAACAACUUCAAAUGCAACCUUUAAAAAUGGGGAAACAUAUACAUCAGAGUUUGAAAUUAAUGAAAUACCACCUAGUGCCCGCACACUGCUUACGAAGGGUUACAUACAAGAUGAAAUUAAUUCUUACUCAGGUGCUACUGUUUCAACACGUGGACGUUUUAUGACAGAACAAGAGAAGUUACGUUGCCCUAAUGAGCGACCUUUGUAUCUUUAUAUACAAGGACAUGCAAAACAUAAUGUAGAUUCGGCUAUACAAAAAAUUAAUGAAAUUAUUAAAACAGAACAUCAAAGUUCUUUAAAUAGGCCAAGUAGAUUUACUAAUGCACCGCCACCUCUUAUGAGUUUACAUUCCGGAGUUACAUCUGUGGAAAAAAUCUGUGUUGGGAUAGAAAAUGCUCCUGAAGGAUUUGAUUUAAGAGGCAGAAUUAUAGGUGCAGGUGGAGCAAAUCUAUUAUACAUUAGGGGUGAAACAGGUGCAAAUAUAACUUUAAGGGGUAGAGGGUCGCAAUUCAUUGAUCCUGUUUUAGGCACUGAAUCUCCAGAACCACUGCAUUUGUAUAUAGAGCAUCCAAAGCCAGAAGCAUUACAAAAUGCAAAACAGUUAGCAAUUAAUUUAAUCCAGACAAUGCAAUCGGAAUUACAAUCAUAUAUACAGCAGCAACCACCACCAGUACAAUCACAGCAAGUUAUAGAACAGUCGCAAAUGCCACAAACACAAUUUCAAACCAUGAACAUUGGUACUUUGGGACAGCCUAAUGUUGUUACUAUACAACAUCAAGAUAUUAUACAACACCCACAAAGUAGUGUAGUAACAUUGCCAGCAACCAUUCUCACUGCUACAGUGACUGGCGCACCAGGCUCUGGUAUAACAGUUCCUCCACCUGGAGUACACAUUCCACCCCAUACUGGACCAUUGGUACCACCACCACAAACACAGGAAAUACAAACAUUUAUGCCACCUCCACCAGUUGGACAAGUGCAAUUAAUUGGUCCUCCAUCAACAGUCAGUCAAGUGCAAUAUCAAAUUCAUCCUGGGCAACCGCUACAAAUUCAAGGGAUUCAACCUGGAUCACAAUCAUCACCGCAACCUGUAGCCCAAAUGUAUGUUAUGAGUCAACCACCACCACAGAGUCCAGCUCAACAAAACUUCAUUACAAGUAGUAGUGCACCAGUUAAUGGUGCAGUUUCUUACGUCUAUACACAACCAAAUGUACAGAGGCCUUCUACACCGCCACAAGGGAUAAUCGAAGCUGUUAACGUAAAUUUACAACAGCCACCUCCAGCAGCUCCAAUUAACAUAACUCAACAACCACCUCCACCGUUAUUACACCUUCAUUUUCCUCCGCCAAACUUCCCGCCAAAUCAACCACCACCUCCAGUACCACAAACUUACCAAAUACAAUAUCAGCAGGUGCAAGCAGCUGCAUCACAAUCUCAAACACAGUUUGUGUUACAACCUGGGGAGCAUAUUGUUCCACCACAGUUGCAGCAAAAUCAUGAACAAUCUCAGGCUGUGGCUCAGCAUAUGUUACCACCACAGUUUGAAGGUCAUGCUCCUCAAUUUCAUUUACAAGUACCUCCUCCGUCUACGCAAACAUUUUUGGUCCCUAAUGCUCAAUCGCCCCAACAUCCUCAACAACAUCCUCUUCCUCCUGGAGGUGAAGUUCAACAUCAACAAGAAGGACCAGUGGAUCAAGGGCCACAGCCACAACCGGUACCACCUCCACAAAUUGUACCACCGCCUACUGCUCAAAUGUCAAACUCUAUGAACGUUCUUACUAGUAUUCCACCGCCGACGCAAGCACCUUCUUCACAAAAUGCUCCAUGGCUAUAUCAAGCACAACAACCGCAACAAAUGAUGCAAUCGCAGGGUCAACUACAGGUUCAGAUGCCACCCGCAAAUAUACCUCUACAUAAUGUACCUCCACCACAAGUUCAAGCACAGAUACAGUAUCAUGCACAACAUAUGCAAUAUCAGAAUGGUCAUAUACCCCCUCAAGUACAUUAUACAGUUCAACCACCACCUCAACAGUUUGAGCAAAAGCCUGAUUCCCCAGAACAGAAGUCUCAUGGUAUAAAAAGAAGAUUUUCAGACGUGGAAACAAAUUCGGAAGCAUCACCUUAUCAGUGUGGUCCUCUACCUGCUCAGCGUCAUGGAACAGGAGAAGGUGAUCGACAGCAACAAGUCUUACAUGGUCCAUCACAAGCAGCUGCAGGCCUUCCUCAUGGAGAUCGAAACAAGCUGCUAAUGCCACCUCCACAUCCAGGUGAGAAACGCAGCUUGGAUCAAAAAACUGCAGGCAUAAAUACAGGAAAUGAGCAAAAUCCGAUCGGAGAUCCGAUAAACAUGCAUCCUGGAGGUGGACCACCUCUGCCUCCUUCACUUCCACCACAGGCACCAUGGCAAACACAUCAUGUUAGAGUUCCAUGGGGCAGACCACCACCAAUGCCAAGGGAUGGAGAGCAUCAAGGAGUGUGUCCUACAUUACCUCCAACAAAUAUGCCACCACCACAAAUUAGACCCAGAGGACACAUUGAAGGUAAUCGUUCGCCUAUACAAAAUGCGAUAUUGGAGCAUCCGUUGAAUGUUGAGUAUAAUCACAUGCCACCGUAUACUACAAAACCUCCUCCUUACAAUUCACACCCAUUGAUGCAAUCCAUUUGCAAUCCACCGCCACCACCACCGCCGCAUCAUCAGCAGCGACCGCAGCAUCCUCCUCAAAAUGUGCAGCAUUAUCAGGUGCCAAUUUCACAGACAUAUCAACCAUCGACUUCCUGUCCACCGUGGAUGAAUUAAAAUAUGAUACAAUACGAAUGAAGUUCUUACGUUAGUACCUUAAAAGAUGGUUGAUGCAGUCCGUCCUAUUUCACAUCGUUCUAUCAAUAAAUUUAUACGAAUGUCGUUGAUUCUAAAGAGCAUAAUGAACGUAAAUGGAUGGUAUUGCAUUAUCUUAUCUUUAUCGAAUUGUUCCUUGCGAUAGUAACUAUUUCAUUGCUAAUGUGUCAUUGCAAAGAUGCUGUUCUGUAAAAAAUGUGUAUAUUUUACAAAUUAUUUAUAGCGAAUGUCUUAAAGGCUUAGAUAGGGAAUGAUAGUAUAAACGAAUUUAUAAAUGCAGCGUUACGAACGAACAGUGCGCGUGAUCAGUGAGAUAAGGAAUUUGAUCAAUGAUGCGUAAUCAUGUAACGCAGAGACCGCGAUUGUGAAUCGCGAUUUGCCAGAAAGAGUAUAUAUGCAUUGGAAGCGUGGCGGGUGCAUACAAGGAGAAACGAUUCUGAUUAGUUCCAAGAAAUGCUUUAGUAUUCACGCACAUACAUAAUCACACGAGGACUUAGAAGUAUAAUUUUUUGUAUUCGUAGAACGUAAUUAAUCCAGUUUCAAAUUUAUCGUAUAGGCAUCUAUUCCUUCUUUUGUUGUUGGCAUACUUUAUACAUACCGUACAUCUAUCUAAGAUAAUAUAACUCCAUGGUGUAUACGAGUUUCUACACAAACGUGAAUAAAUCGUUGCCUGUAAUCUUCCAAGGCGUUGAUAUUAAAAUCGCGGAUGUCUCGUUCAUGUGAAAGUUUACCGUAAUUCUCAUACGGAUCUGUAAAAGCAAAAUGUAAAUUCACUAAUUGCUGUUAUAGUACAAUAUUUUUGAUUUAACGAUUAAGUAAAUAGGAUCAGUAUCAAUGAUCAUCAUUCGUGUUUUCACGAAGAGCUUCUUGAUGUACUAUGAUAUUUUAUUGUUAUAAGUUUAAACCGUCAAGCUCGAAUCUAUUGAAUUUUGAUCGAUGUAUGAAAUCUUUUGCUUUCGUUUAAGUCACUAUAUUUUUAUGAUUUAGUUAUAAAUAUAUAUUUUCCGGUAGAAAGUAAUUUUUUCAAUAAAUUAAUUUGAUAGCAA